AUGGAGAACAAUGACGCAGACCAAGUCCAAGCAGCCGCAAAGCUCGCAGGAGCCAUUCGGUGCGGGGCUUGCAUCUCCGCUAACCUCGCCUGCGUGAUCACAGAAGAACCAGGCUGCCUUCGCUGCCUCGCACUAUCGCAGCACUGUCAGAUCGACCGCGUUCACGUCUUCAUUUACAAACAAACCUACGGGCCAGAAAACUGGUGCUUCAAAACUCUGAAGACAUUUGGCCCUCUGAUCGAUCCCUUGAGUGAUCCAGUCCCUAACCCAGACGCAUUCCUGUCGGGUCUACCGAACACAGCCAUCUCACCAAGUCGAGUGCCACAUUUACCUGGUACGGAGCAUGGGCUAGAUGAGCGACAGCGACCAUCCACCUCCGUAAGACCAGAGCCGUGUCAGAGCAGAGAUAGUCCGAGCUUUACAACGGAGCAGCGGCAAUUUUCACGAGAGGCUACUCAGCCACAGCCAAACGAGCAGCGAAAAAGGCAAAAUCUACCCCCUACUGCGCCCCAGACGGUGACAGCACACCAGACUCAGACAACUACGUACGCGUCUCCACCCCUUACUAUUCGCAACCCCAGCCCCCUAGAGAUCAAACAAAUAGCGCCGCUUGGCCAUCGUAAACAAACACUGACUUCCUUGACAAUUCUAGAAAGCGCAGCGCGAAUAGUCUGGCCGGAGAAAGUAGCGCCAGAAUCAAGAAGCACAGAGUGGAAAAACCAGAUGCCAACGGGAGGCAGGGGACGCUCCAGAACAGUGGUAAGAAACCGCGACCGGCGGGUACAGCUUGCAGGUAUCAUUAUGAGAAACAUAUGA